AUUUGACAUUAUUAUUAUUAUUAUUUUAUUCUGUACAACAGAAUUUUAUUGGGAAUUAAUGUUUACCGAUACUUUUAAAUAUAUUCAUUUUAAAGAAAUUUUCUUUUAUUUUUUAAAAACAAAUGCCAAAUGCAUAUUUAAAGAUUAAAAAAAAACUUUGUUCGUUGAAAGUUUAUCUAAUUUUCCUUAUUUCUAAAUAUGCCAACUGCACCAGAGAUUGUUAAGUGCUAUAAAUAUAUAGAUGGUAAUAAAAAAAAAUAUGUGGAAGAAUUGAGAGAAAUUAUUCAAAUUCAAAAUGUGAGUUCAAAUCAAAAAGCUGACAAGCAAAUGUCACUUUUAAUUCAUUGGUUAGAAAAUCGUUUGAAGAAACUUGGAUUUUCUGUUUCACUCAAAAAUAUCAGAAAUUACGCAAAUUCUGGACAAAACGAACAAGUAAAAAUUCCAUUUCUUGUAUUAGGAACCCUUGGUAAUGAUUUAAAUAAAAAGACUCUAUUCUACUAUUGUCAUUUGGACGUUUUAAAAGUUGAUCAAAAAAAAUGGUCGACAAAUCCUUUUCAAUUAAUUGAAAAAGAUGGAAAAUUAUUUGGUCGAGGAACUGCUAAAAUGAAAGGGCCACUUUUAUGUUUUUUACACGCCAUCGAGUGUUUUAAGGAAUUAAAAAUCAAAAUGCCAAUUAACAUUAAAAUUUUUUGCGAAUCCACGCACGAAUGUGGUAGCAAAUAUAUUCUCGAAAGUUUGCAAGAUUUAAAAAAAAGUUUCUUGACAAACAUCGAUUGUAUUUUAUUGAACGAAGGCAAAUGGUUGGGAAAAAAUUAUCCCUGCAUAAUGUAUGGUUUUCGUGGUGUUUGUUUCUUUGAUAUAACAAUAGAUGGUCCAUUAAAAGAUUUUCACAGUGGCGAUUAUGGUGGAAUGAUGUAUGAGCCAAUGGAAGAUUUACUAUUUAUUUUAAAUAAUCUCGUCGAUUCAUCGGGUAAUAUUUUAAUUCCAAACUUUUAUAAAAACGUUAUGCCCGUUACGCCCGAGGAGGAAGAGAUUUAUCGUGAAAUAAAAAUUAAUUUCGACGAUUAUAAAAAAAAUUCAUCAAUUGCAAAUUUUACUCACAACGAAAAAAUAACACGCACUCUAAUGAAUACUUGGCGACAUCCUUCGUUUAAUUUACAUUUUAUUGACACGUCCAUUAAAUGUGAACCAACUGUUAAAUUAGCGAUACCAAAGAAAGUUAAUGCAAGAUUUUCCAUAUGUAUUGUUCCUUAUCAAACACAUGAACAAGUUUCUGCUUUGGUAAUGGAAUAUAUAAGAAAAAUUCUUCAUUCCCGAUGUACACCUAACAAUGUAAAUGUGAAAUUUCACAAUACAAUGGAUCCAUGGUCGGAAGAUUAUUCACAUUGGAAUUAUAAAGCGGCAAAAAUUGCCAUGAAACAAGUUUUUAAAGACGAGGCAAAUUUAAUACAAGAGGGACAAGGUUUUCCAAUUGUUUUGCAUUUGCGCAAGAUUUUUCCUAAAAAAAAUAUUCUCCUAUUGCCAUUGGUCAAUGACGAUGCAAAUAUUCAUUCGGAUAAUGAGAAUAUAUCGUUGAAAAAUUACAUUGAAGGAACAAAAGUGCUUGCUAAUUAUUUCUAUCAAUUGAGUCAAGUUUGAAAAUAAAUUCCCUCAAAAAAAAAAAAAAAAAAAAAAAUACAUAAA